AAAUCUUCGGCGAUAUCCACACAAAAGAGGAAAAAGUAAGAGGAAUAUCGAAAAUUAUUUUCCAACUCAUCAGCAUGGCGGAUUCUGUAGAAAACUCAGUACCGGCGUUAGCAGUUACUGCUGCAGUUGGAGCUGUAGUCCUAUUAUUCGUUCUUUUAUGCAGUGUCGGAAGACGUGCAGACAAAAAGGAGGAAGAUGAUCAGAAAACAGAAAGUGAAGAAAAGAAAGUGAACAAGACUGAAAAGCAGACAAAGAAGUCAAAGCCAGCUCAAAGACACAAAAGAAUACAGCAUGUACCAUUUAGCCAUGCAUGGCUGGCUACCAUUCUUAGAGGACAUAGCAGCCCAGUUCUUGAUUUUGAUUUCAGUCCAAAUGGAAAAUAUUUAAUCUCAACUGCUGAAGAUAGAUCUGCUAUGCUCUGGAGUACAAAGGAAUUCAGUAAGAAAGAGCACAAAUUUAUUCGAGGAAAUAUAGAACUUGAUCAUGGGACCAGAGUGAAGUUUUCCCCAGAUUCUAAGGCUUUUAUUGUAUGUCUAGGAAAUGCAAAUACAGCUAGAAUUUUACGAAUCGGUAAAAAAGAUGAUGGCUCUCCAGGAAAUAUAACUGCCGCUUUGGACUUUCCAAAAAAACAUACAGCCGAGAUUAUACAGAUAGGUAUUGCUAGUAGUGGCAGGUUUAUUAUGACAUGUAGCAGAGAUACUACAUUAAUUGUUUGGUCUAUAAAAGGUGAAGUAUUGUCUAUACUAGAUACUCAUCAGAUGAAUAAUGUGUAUGCGGCUGUGUCACCUUGUGGAAGAUUUGUUGCUUCUUCAGGUUUUACACCAGAUGUAAAAGUUUGGGAGGUCAUAUUUGACAAAGGAGGAGGCUUCAAAGAUGUUAAACGUGCUUUUGAAUUGAAAGGCCAUUCAUCUGGUGUAAACUGUUUCUCUUUUAAUAGUGACUCAAGUCGGAUGGCUUCAGUUUCUAAAGAUGGCACAUGGAAAUACUGGGAUACAAAUAUUCGAUAUGAAUUAUCACAGGACCCGUAUUUAUUGACGACUGGCAGUAUUCAUUGUGAAAUACCUAGUCAUAUAACACUCUCUCCUGAUGGGAGGAGCAUAGCUGUAGGGGGAGAUAACUCUAUUGGUUUUUAUAAUGCUGUCUCAGGGGAAGAGGAAGAGGUCUUGAAAAAUAUACAUGAUGGUUUUAUAACAGAACUUUCCUUUGAUCUCUCUAACAAAUAUCUAGUUAGUUCAGGUGAUAAACAUAUUGUAAUACUACACAACAUUACCGGCUACAGAGCAACUAUAUCAGACUUGGAAUCAUCAGAAAUAAAAGCUACUACACAGGCUCAGAAAGAAAGAGUCAGGCAGCAAAUAGCUGAAGCCAGGUCUUCCCUAGAAAGCAUACUAGGAACAGCCAAUGGACAUGCUGAGAGCAAAUAAACAUUUUACCAAAGACAGCUAUCACAUAUAUACAGGAAGCUCCAGUGAACUUGUUUAUACUCUUUAUAUUGUCAAUGUGCCACAAAUUUUAAUGAAAUGUAAUACAAUGUGCCCUUUUAGAGUUAUUCCAGAAAAAAAUGGAAGGGGUAGGGGAAGGGGGAGAAUAACAGCACCUUUGUGGGUUUUGUAAGGGAACUUAUCAAGCUGUUUGAUUUAUUGAUGUCUUGUUGGUCCUUAAUAGUCAUGUACCCUUCUUCUUUAUUUAUUUUUUAAUCAUCAAGGUUGUCCUGUUGUGUCUUAAUUCACUGACCAAGCCCUAAAGAAUCUUUAAAAGAUUAAUUUUGGAGAAAUUUAAGGAUGUUUUUUUAGCGAAAUUUAAAAAAAAUCCAAGGAUUUAAAAUUAAUACCAUAAGUUGGAAGAGCAAUAAUUAAAUGAGCAAAGAUAUUGAUAGUUUUGGAGCACCUAGUUAUGGACCUCCAUUUUGAGAUAAUUUUUUUUUUAAAUGGCUGGGAAAAGCUGACUUGGACUAGAAAAACUCCUGCAUGAAUACCAAGCUGUGACUUUCUAAAAGGAAUUUUACAACUCAUCUGUAUACAGUACCAAUAUAAAUGUAACAUAUGAAUAAAAGAUUUGUGGGGAAUAUACCUCAAACACACAAAAAAUAGCUGACAAAUAUCAACAGGUCUAUAUACACAAAUGUUUUCUUCUAUUUCUACUAUAUUAAUGACACCUUCAACAAAUUGAUAGUGUGUUCCAAUCUGUAAUAGGUCUUUAAAAAAGAUACUUUUGUGUACCUUGUUUUAUCUAUGGAAAAAAUAAUUUAAUUUGAAUUUCUUGUUUGUCUUUUGUGGAAUUAAUUAUUACAUUAGGUAUUGUGACUUUUUCAUGCAACAUCACUUAUCCUGAAUAUUCUCUUCAGUCACAGAUGCUGUACCAUUCAAGGUAAUUUAACAUGUUACAAAUGCUUGUGUUUCUUAGUUGGUUAUAAAAUUGGCAGCCCUCUUUUGAAUUCUUCCAAUGCUGUGUAUCUCUAUGUUUUGUGGAUGAGUCCUAUGCUGUAUAUAUCUAUGUUAUUUAGCCGAGGGUUUUAAAUGAAGCAUGUUCAUACAAUAAUAUGCUAUGUACUAAUUGCCAAAGAAUUGAAUAAAGAUUAUUCUUAAAUGUUGCUCUAAAUUUACUUAAAAAAAUGAAUAUAUUGAAAUAUUAUUGAUAUAUCCAACCCCUCCCCCUUCCAAUUUUAUUUUCUGGAAUAACUAAACAUUUUAUUUUAUUGUGUUCAUGAAGGUUAUGGAUGUUAAAAGAAAAUAAGAUAUAUUAAUACAG